AUGUAUCAUCCAAACGGAGACAUCUCUUUGUCGACCCAUUUAAACGGUGGCCAGAAUUCGCCGCCGAGUGGUAUCCAACAGCCCUGUGCCAUAUGUGCCGAUAAGGCCACCGGCAAACACUACGGCGCCUUCAGCUGCGAUGGCUGUAAAACCUAUAGUCGGCUCACAAUUUGUGUCGCUUUUCUAAUUCAUUACAUUAAGGGAUUCUUCAGACGCUCAGUCCGUAAGAACCAUCAGUACUCGUGUCGGUUCAGUAGGAACUGUGUUAUUGAUAAAGACAAACGAAAUCAAUGCAGAUAUUGUCGGCUCAAGAAGUGCUUCCGCGCGGGAAUGAAGAAGGAGGCCGUUCAGAAUGAAAGGGAUCGCAUCACUUGCCGGCGCCCCAGUUAUGAUGACUCGGCCAACACUGGCGGCACUUCCAUACACGCACUUCUUCACGCGGAGAUGUACUCACGACAGAUCGUUUCACAACCGAUUGAAACCAAUUUUCAGUCCAAGAAAUUGGCAAAUAUUAACGAUGUGUGCGAUUCGAUGAAACAACAGCUCCUCAUUCUAGUAGAGUGGGCCAAAUGCAUACCGGCCUUCACUGAACUCCAGAUCGACGAUCAGGUGGCCCUUCUUCGCGGUCACGCCGGCGAACACCUGCUGUUAGGACUGUGUCGCCGAUCCAUCACAAUGAACGACAUCCUAUUGCUGGGCAAUGACUUCAUAAUCCCGCGCCACUCACCCGACCCCGAGAUUAGAGGCAUCGGAAACCGUAUAUUAGACGAAAUCGUGGGCGUCAUGAGAGACGUCCGGAUGGAUGACAGCGAGUUUGCGUGUCUUAAAGCGAUCGUCUUCUUUGAUCCUUUUCUGUUCCUAAUACAAAAUGCAGCUAAAGGCCUUCAGGAUCCUAAUAAAGUCAAGACACUCAGACGUCAGGUGCAGACCUGUCUCGAAGACUAUAUCAACGACCGGCAGUACGACUCGAGGGGCAGAUUUGGUGAGAUUUUGCUGCUGUUGCCGCCCCUCCAGAGCAUAACCUGGCAAUUGAUAGAACAGAUCCAAUUUGCCAAACUCUUGGGAACGGCCAAAAUCGAUAGUCUGAUCCAAGAGAUGCUUCUCGGAGGUAAUGUAAACGCAACGCCCAAUGGCCCAAUACAAUGGUCCAGAAACCAUCAGCUCUGGCAGGGAUCGUACCCCAGACAAACGUUUCCGGACAACAGUAGUGCAAACGCCUCGACAAAUGUCAUGUCUGGCAGCGGGUCAUCCAGUAGUCAUCAGUCCAAUGGCUCUCAACCUCCGAUGACUGUCCACACAAUUGGCGGUGCCGUCAAUGGCGUCACCACUAAUAUAACCAAUAACUCACAUAACUCUCUGGCAAAUGGCCACCACUCGGACAUAAUAUCCAACGGUCACAGCUCUGACACAUCCAUUCCCUCCCCAAACGAAGAUUCAUAUAAAAUACAAUCAAAUCCAUUGUCCUUCAAACGAGAAAAUAUUGAAUCCGAUGUUAACUCGUUUUAAAACUCGUUUUUUGUUGAAUUUUUUGUCUAUAAAAUCAGAAGAUUUUCAUUUCCAACACCUUUUAGAAGAUGUUUUGUUUGAAUGCAUAAUUAAUAUCUCCCGAAAGAAAUCAUUAAAUCAUUUUGUCUGACAUUACUAUCAUUUUUCCAGUAGUUUAUCAAAGAUUUCAGACCUAAAGAGAUAUAUAUUUAACGAAAUAAUAAUCAUAUUUGUUUAAAAAGAGAGUUUAAUCUUAUAAUUUACUGUACUUUAUAACGAGUUUAUUUUG